AUGACUGAGGCAUUCCAAUUCAUCAUCAGGGCGUUUGUGCAUGAGACGUUCAUGGGCACCCUGGAUGAAUCCGAAAGAACUGCUCUCAGUGAUGGCUUCGCCAAGGUGUUGAAGAAUUUGGCCAAUUCCCAGGGCGAGGCUGAGAGUAUGGCGGAGCUUUUCAAGAAGAUGAAGUGCCGCAAGUCGGAGCUUCUGCGGGAUCCCAAGAAAGCCUUAUCUGAGGUGACUGGGCUGGCCCAUGCCCUCUUGUUUGACAACACAGAUGCGAAGCAGCAGGCCAAGCUUCAAUUUGAAGCCAUGCCAGAGACUUGCCGUCCAGUGUCAGCUGAAGAGGAAGCCGAAGGCCUGGUGAAGUUGAAGGACUUGCAGAAAGAGUCUGAGCAAGAGCGAGGAGAAGCUUCAUUGGUCUUAGAUGAGUUGGAUGCAGCCACUGAUCAUGUGGUGGAAGAGGAGGCUGAGACGGACAGCUCUGCAGGCUCUGCACUGCAAGUCAACCACACUUCCACCGAGGUCAUGGCUCGGAAAAUGUAA